GUCUGUCGGAGCAUACUGGAGCGGACCGACUGGACCAAAGUGGAAGAUAUUUCAUAAUGGUUGAGUCUCUAUCCAUGUUUAGGAAUAUCGAAGGUCCUCGAAUGUUAGGUGUGAUUUCUCAGACAACGUUCGUGCCAGACUCCUACCUGACUCCGCCAGAGAUGCUUCAAUCACGGCUUCUCAUAUUUACGCACAAUCGCUGAUUUUAUUAUUCGUUUACGGCCAGGAUAUUUCCAUACUUCGUGCAGCUUCCGUGAGUACGGCUUCCUACAAGGAAACACGUGUUCGGUGCAAGAAGCUUUGUUCAUCUGCAGGCCGUGAGCAGGAAAAUUUAUAUCAACGAGAGAAAUUAUGUCAUACUCUAUCAAUAGAAGACCCUUAUUAGGAGGUACGGAUGAUAGCGAAUUUGAAGAUGAUUUGGAAACUGAAGUGGACGAUCCUAACAUUAUAAUUCCUGACGAGAAACCAUUUUUGAAACCAUAUGAGCCACAUGACAAAUAUAAUCUUGCAUACAUUGUAUUUUACUUACUUGGCAUAAAUACUUUAAUACCAUGGAGUUUUUUUAUUACUGCUGACGACUACUGGAUGUAUAAAUUUAGAGAAAUUCACAAUAAUUCGACGAAUCUUAGUCAUACGUAUGCAGAAUUACUCGAGCAGAAAACGGAUCUUCAAGCUAGUUUUACUUCUUAUUUGAGUGUAGCCAGUGCAUUACCAAAUACUCUGUUUUUAAUACUAAAUGCAUUUAUUAGCAAGAAAGUCUCACUAACUGUAAGAAUGGUGGGUUCUCAAUGUGCAAUAUUGUUGCUCUUCAUCUUGACGACUGCAUUUGUGGAAAUGAAUACAGACAAAUGGCAAAAUACAUUUCUAAUAAUUACUUUGACGACAGUUGCGUUUGUAAAUGCUGCGAGUGCAAUUUUUGGAGGGAGUUUAAUGGGUAUAGUGGGCAAGUUUUCACCAAAGUAUAUAACUGCCAUGUCCAGUGGACAAGCUCUUGGUGGAAUAUUCACGGCUCUAACGGAAAUUUGUUCUUUGUGGAUAGGUGCCAGUCCAGUACUUUCUGGCUUAGUAUACUUUAUUAUCGGCGACACUAUUUUAUUAUUAUCGCUAAUCGCAUACAUCCUUUUGGAAAAAGCACCAUUUUUCAAGCAUCACAUGAUAGAGAAAGUACCUGAAUUAGAUACAGAUUAUUCCAUAAAUGGAGAAGUCAGCUUCUCGAUAAGUCCAAGUGUGUCUUACACACGGAUUAUAAAAAGAAUCUGGCAUUACGGUAUUAGCAUAUUUUUAAUAUUCUUCAUAUCAUUAGCUGUGUAUCCGGCGGUUACUGUGCUAAUAGAAAGCGAAAACAAAGGCAAAAGUCAUGCAUGGAAUGAUAUAUACUUUGUACCUGUGGUUACGUAUCUUAUCUUCAGUAUAGGUGAUUAUGCAGGAAGAGUAUUAUGUGGUAUUUUUCAAUGGCCAAGAGGCAAGCCAUGGCUUAUAAUAUUUUUAAGCGUCGCCAGAGGUAUUUUUAUACCUGCACUUAUGUUUUGCAAUGCGCAACCGAGGCAUCAUCUACCAGUUUAUAUUCACAGUGAUAUAUAUUACAUCUUGAUAACUAUUGCGUUCGCUGUAACUAAUGGCUAUCUCUGUAAUUUAACAUUCAUUCUCGCGCCCACAGUCGUAGACAAUCAGGAAAAAGAAAUUGCGUCUGCAAUGAUGGGUGCCUUUUUGGGUAUAGGAUUAGCAUCUGGCGCUGCACUCAGUUUAUACAUGGUGAAGGCUCUUUAAUAUUAGACUCCUUAAAAGAAUUAAAUAAGAUACAUACAUCUCACUGCCCCUUGUACAAUCGAAAUCAAGUAGGACUAUGAGAUUAUAUUAUUAUUUUUAUUAUGAGAUUUUAAAUGUAUAACAGUAUAAAUUAAUUCUCUAUCGUCAUCCCAGUAAAACAUUGCUACUGAUUUAUGAGAAUUCUUUUUUCUACGAAGAACAGGGUUGCCACAAAUUUUUCAUCCUA